GGCGAAGAGCCUUUCCCCAUUCACCAAACGACUGACCUUUGCAUGGGCGGUUCUUCGUUGUUUGGCGGCCUAUCCGCACCACUACCAUUACAGGUGGGCAUCCUCAACACAUACACAGGACACCAUCUGGCCACCAAACCUGCCGCUGCUAUGUCUCGCAAUGGUUGGCUCUUCCUGCCUAUGUGUGUGUCGCUUUCAAGAGUUAUGGAGGUUCUGGCGCACCCGUAUCUGGAGCCGCUCCUGCUGCUGCUGGUGGUGCUGCUGCUCCCUAUCAACCCCCCACAGUACGCACACACAUUGCCCCAUACACGGUUGUGUUGACGGUCAUCCAUGUGUCUGUGUCUGGUGGCUGCACGGACCUGUGGUUGCUUGGUUGUGUGUCGAUGUGCUGCAGGAGCAGACAGGAGUGUUCCAGCGGGCCGACACUGACAUGCAGGUGUGGUACUGCACAGCACUCGGCACACGAAAACGAUCCAGGCAGACCCAUGUCAUUGGCCGUGUUCUUGUUUGCUGUCUUGGUGUGUGCGCAUAUUCGAGGAAGUAGUAGUUCAGGCGAUGCCUCCCGCAAACCUCCGCCCUACCCGCCCCAGGUGAACAUCAUCACAUACGCUCUCCUCUCCCCCCUCCCCACCUCAUCUCCAUUCAAUGGCGGACAAACCUCAUUCACGUCGUUCUGGUGCGAUGGAUGUCUGCAGGGACAGGCGGGCGGUGGGGCUUCGGGCGGUUCUUCGUUGUUUGGCGGCCUAUCCGCACCACUACCACAACAGGUGGGCAUCCUCACACACAUACACAGGACACCAUCUGGCCACCAAACCUGCCGCUGCUAUGUCUCGCAAUGGUUGGCUCUUCCUGCCUAUGUGGGUGUCGCUUUCAAGAGUUAUGGAGGUUCUGGCGCACCCGCAUCUGGAGCCGCUCCUGCUGCUGCUGGUGGUGCUGCUGCUCCCUAUCUACCCCCCCAAGUACGCGCACACAUUGACCCAUACACGGCUGUGUGUGACGGUCAUCCAUGUGUCUGUGUCUGGUGGCUGCACGGACCUGUGGUUGCUUGGUUGUGUGUCGAUGUGCUGCAGGAGCAGACGGGAGUGUUCCAGGGGGCCGACACUGACAUGCAGGUGUGGUACUGCACAGCACUCGGCACACGAAAACGAUCCAGGCAGACCCAUGUCAUUGGCCGUGUUCUUGUUGGCUGUCUUGGUGUGAGCAAUUGGCCAUACCCACGUAGGCGAUUAGUUUAGAACCCCUUUUUUCCUUCCUGACGGUGUAGGCGCACACACAGGCGGAUGCCAUCCUAGACACUUUGCGUCAGCAGGUAAGGGAAGGGAAAGCUGUCUCGUGCAUGAUGUGUUUGCUGUCCGGCGUCCCAGUUGUUGCAGAGGGGAGAUACCCUACCGUUGGCGGCUUGUGAGAUCAACCUCGCAGCAGGCUCUCGUCUCCCCGCCGCUGCACAACAGGAUACGGGGGAAGACAUUUUGCGUCAGGUGGUGACGAAAACUACCCACUGUUUUACCCUCAUAUGUUUGCCUACCGUGUGUUACCACUAGGGCUUGUCUGAGGUGCCCAGCGGAAGCAGGCACAGUGGUGAAGUAGAUUGCGUUGAAGAGGUGGCGUCAGCACCUGCGCCAGACAGAUCUCCUCAGGUACGUACAGAAGAAGGUUUGCUGCCAUGCAAAUGCGUAUGCUUGCGCAACCUAUUCACCAGGGGCCGCCCGAUGUUGCCAUGGCGCCGGCUUCAGCGUCCUACGGUACCCCCAUGGAAGCUGACGAGGGCGGCGGUACCGUCGUGAAGGAGGUGAUGAAAAGAAGCUCACUAAGUUUAUCACGGUGGUAUCACUAGGUGCUCUCUUCAUGCACGCGCUGAAAACAGGCUACGACCGAUGCACCCGGGGCGAGGGACGACGGAGCAACCACCGGAGGGGUACAUCGCAAGCAAUCAUGCACGCACACUCAUGUCUCCUAAAUGUGUCGUUUCUUAAGGCUGUGGCGUCGCAUCAGGCUGACUGUCGCACGCACAAGGACGCAGAGAAGGCCAUGCAGAUCGUCCGCAUUGGCGACAAGACAUGCGGCGUGCUCUUGGCCAUCCAUCCGUGCGGGCGGGUUGCUGAUUUCGCCCUCCUCACUCGUCCAGAAAGCCCCACCCAGGUGUCCAUGAUGGUCGCCCGUUUUCGCAAGAGGCUGCUGGACCGCGGCAUUGCGGAUCGGAUGACCAUCAUCUAUGACGACGCCUGCCACCUGGACGAGUGGGUGCAGCGACGGGCACGCGAUGGCGAGGCCACGGAGACGGUGAUGGCCUUGGCCAAGGACCUCUUCGUCAUCGACCGUAUGCACCUCGUCGGGCACCGCCGGGAGAAGUGCAAGACCUACCACAACAUGGACAACUACCCGCACCUGGAGGGUGUCAACUCAGAGGUGCACACACAAGGCAGACUUUGCAUGCAGCCCAUUACAGUGUAUCGCGGUCUUCAGGUGUGCGAGCAGUUUCACCCAUGGUUCAAUGGCUAUGCGCCGCAGAUGAGGUACAGCUCGGUGUCCUACUUCAGGUUUUUCAUGUAUCAUGCCCUGCGCCAUCGGAACUGGAUGAAAGACAUGGGCUACUGGUGAACCAGAGCCGCAUGUUUGUCUCGCGUGAUUGAGAUUGGUGGGCAAGAAUGUCUCCCCUCAGACUUAUCAAUGGAUAUGUGGGCGGCCGAGUGCAUGAGUAGGUGGGUGGUUGAUUGAGUUGGGUGCAGACGGUCUGCCUGCACGCUUGCAUUCAAGUGGUGAGUGAGACAUUCUUCCUGCUUUGCCAUUCAAUUCGGCCCAGGUGUCGCUGAUUGCACAUGCACACUACAACAACCUAUUCGAGGUGGGAUAGAAUGCGCAAGGGAUG